AAGUUGAAUCGAAUUAACGGCAGAACGGCACGAGCAAGCAAACUAGUGAGCGUUAAUUAAAGCACUACUAAAAUUUUCCAGUUUCCAUUUCUAUUAAAUCGUUAUUUUUGACAAAAUUCAUCAUGUCUGAGUUAUUCAACAUCUUUGGAGACAGCCUGACGCGCCAAUCAACGAAAAAUGUCGCACGCCAACCGCUAUUCAACAUCGAGAAUAUGGGCAAAUCCGUUUCAACGGGCCCAAUAAAGCCCAACGAGCCGUUGAAAAAGGGCGCCGAACCAAAGAAGACUUUUCUUUGUAACAAGGGAAAAGCCCUACAAAGCACGCCUAUGCGGCAGGCGUUCACACCGCGGGCGGUCAAUGUCGGAGCCCUAAUCUAUAACGACGCUGAUGCUAAGUCUGACAAUGCUGUAAACUUUGAAGAGUUGGAGUUCACAAAACCUGUUUACAAAUAUGACAAUUAUACUAAAGACUGGCUUGACUACAUACCCUUGCCAGAGCCCGAGCUGAAGCGGCUGUCGCUGACGCCGCCGCGCACGCCAGCGCCCAACACGCUACGCACCAGCCUAGACUUCGACUGCUCCUAUCAGGAUGAAUUCUUCACAGAUGAUUUCUCCAAUGUGAGUAUCCCAGAUCCAAAUGACAGUGACCUGGGCUUGCCGGACAUUUAUUGAAUUGAUUUAUUGUCUUAGUGUGUAAUGUAUGUUUUAAUAAGGGGUCACCCAUUAAUUUCAUCACACGUAUUUUUAGGUUUUUUGAUCCCUCCCCCCCUUUGUCGCAUUUGGCAAACCCCUCCCCCCUAGUGUGAAGUCACAUAUUUGGCAAUUUUGUCUUCAACGAAAUAGGCAAUUCAAUAUUAUUAUUUUAAUAAAAAAAUAUUUCUGAUAAGAGAAAUAUUAAAAUUUUAUAACACAAAACCGAUUAGGAAAAAAAUACACAAAUAGAAAUGUUUAUUUUUUUAUACCACAUUGGUGGCAAUCAAGCAUACGGCCCGCCUGAUGGUAAGCAG